AUGAACUGGACGGAGGACAUGAUGUUUUAGGAAGACAUCUCGAUUUUCUUUAUCAAAAAGGGAGUUUUUAAAAGCGUUUUGACCAUGACGUCUACACAAACGAUAACAAGAACGAAGCCACAACCUUCUCGGACACAUGAUUAUCUUUAUGACAACAUCCAUACCCUUUCAAGUGAUCGUGACCAUGCCAGGGCUACUUUCAAAGCACACACAGGAACAGAUAGAGUUAAACGUGUGCCACAUUACCAGACUAUGUUUAGUGACCUGGGUCAUUAUCCAAGGUACAGCGUUCAUCUAGAAGUAACGGACCCUGUGCCAAAAUUUAUUCAACGACAAUGGAGAGGAUAUGGCGAUCAGGCUAGAGAAGCAUUGUUAAGAUACACAAAGUUCAACUAUGACCCAACAGUACAAGUUCCUCAAAAAUAUUAUCCUCACACAGAUGUAGGUGGACAAGAUAGAUAUAAAUUCUUCAAACGGCCAAUUAUCCCGUUCUUGCAACAAGUUCCACCAGAUGUACUUUUACAGACAUCAAGAGUUGACCCCCUCAAAACCCAGGAAUUAGACCAGGAACGACCACCAACACCAGCAACUAAAACUGUAAUGGUACAAACUGACUACAGAGACAGUGAAGCACAGACUGAUCCAUAUACACCUGAUUAUGUUGUCAGACCAGGAUCUCAACCUGAACUACUCACUCUUGCUACUUUAUCAUAUGGACAUGGACUACCAGCAGGUUUGGCUGAGGUGGAAAUGAUAGAAAGAGCAAGAGCUAAAAGGAUAUGGGAAUCUACCUUACCCAGCUUAAAUGAUGUUGACAAUCUUGAAAAACGAAGGAAAAUGAUGGAUGAACAAGAAAGAAAAGAAUGGCUAUUCAGAGAACAAGAAAUUGAAAAACUUCAGGAAGCAAGACUUCAAGUUCUUCAAAACAUUCUACAGCAACGAGAGGAAGACCAUGCACAAAUCAAUGCUCGACGCCUGGAUAAAUUAUGGUCUAAGAAGCAGCAAGAAAAGGAAACCAAGUUUUCUAAAAUCCAAAAAGAGCACAUAAAAGCGAUGCGAAAACUGAAAGAAAAGCGUAAAAAUGUCGAAGGAAAACUAGAGCGACGAGAUAUCGUCAAAGACUACAGCACACACGAGUCCCAGACUUAUGCACCUAUGUCAAGAGUUGGAGUAUUCCUUGAUCGUGGUUCUGAGCAGUACAAUGUACAGAGCUUUCAUCUUUCUACAUAUCAAGGGCUACUUGAACUAGAGGCAUCGCUACCAGACUUUGUGACCCAACCACGUGUUCAGGCUCCUAAAUCUAAGUCGAGUGCAAAGGGAGGAUUUGUAAAACGAACUCAACGCAGACAAAGAGAACUUGAACAAGUAGCUGAUAUUAUCGAGAAAGGAAAAAGACCCCCAGAGAAAGAAAAACCUUUGAAAUUUCUAGUGAAGGUCGAAAAACCUAUCCCUCGACCACCCACACCUUCUGUACCUGUGCCAUCACAGGCUGAAGAGGACGCAGAGUUGGCUAUUAUCUACUUACAGAAGAUUAUCCGCGGAAGAGCCAUUCAGAAUAUGAUGUUUGAAGGCAAAGAGAAAAGACUUGAGUUGAUUCAAGAGCUGCGUAGUACGCAUGCUCUGCAGGAAAGCGGCCAAACUGAGAAAAGAAACGAACGACAAGCAGUACUUUCACUGCAAAGACAAAGACGUUUAGAUCAACAUAAGGAAUCGUUUGUAGAAGAAGCCAUGGCACAAAUGGAAGGCGCUACGUUGGCAGACAUGUUUGAUUUUCUUAGCAAGGAAUUAGUGCGGCUACAAGAAGAACGUCGAAUCCAUGCAUUCGCCAUGUUAGCUGAACGACAACGACGAAUAAGAGAAGCUGAGGAAAGUGGACGAAGACAGGUCGAGGAAAGAAGACGACGCGAAGAGGAUGAAAUAUUCAAACAGGUCGUCCAAGUCCAUCAGAAUACUGUUGAUACUUACCUAGAGGACAUUAUCUUAGGGGCCAUCGAUAACACAGCACAUGAACAGGCGCGUAAAGAAAUUCAGGAUCAAGCGGAGAAAAUCAACAAGAUCGCUCAUGAUGUCGAGAAAACGCGCACUAGAUUACAGUCUGAGGAAAUUGUAGCUGAGCUUGUUACAUCGUUCCUGCUGCCCGAGGUUCAAAAAAUUACUGUAAGGGAAAAAGUUAAAAGAAACCAGAGAAAGCAUCUAUUGGCAGCACAUAAAAUCAUCCAUGGCGAGGCAGAAUCCAUCAUGGAAGAACAUCCUCAGCCUGAUCCACCAAAAGAUCCAACACCCGAACCUACCGCACCGCCUACAAAUGAAGCUAUCCCUGAUAAACCACCAUCAGCACCAACCUCUCGACCCACCUCAGCCAAAAAAACAGGGUCAAAAACACCCACACCAAAAUCCUCCCGCACUAGUUCCCCUAAAUCACGGUCCUCAUCACGGCCAACUACACCAAAAUCCCGUCCUGCAUCGGGGUCUCCAAGACAAUCGCCCCAACCCUCCACGGUUACCGAGAAAACCGAGGAUACUUCAUAAUGGUGUACAUGCAAAAGUGUUGAAAAUAUUUCAACAGCUAUUGACAAUGAGUAUAAAUGUAAAUAGAGUCAGUAUUAUUAAAAUUGGCACUUUAUUUA